GAAGAGAGCGACGAGAUUGACUUAAAAGGCUUGGUUCUUUCUCUUACGGAAGACCAAAAAAAGAGCUCACCCAUUCUUUACGGUAGAUAUUGAAUACAGAGUAAGAAAUCAUGGGAUUUGAAGCAGAAAAACAGUCAAGCUACACACCAAAGCUGCUGCUGUUCUCAUCUCCACAACCACAAGCGCACAUGAAGUCGCCAGAAAGAUCAGGGACGUUAACCCCACCAUUACGCGCCUCAGCCUCUGUUCCGUUUCGCUGGGAAGAGGAACCGGGAAAGCCUAAACCUUGUACCACACUCACCAUCUUCUCUAACCCCAAUGACUUGGCUCAAAAGUGCCUGGAACUGCCUCCCAGAUUGCUACACGAUGCCAGGAAUACCCCAGCCUUGGAAGGUGCUAGAUUUCAGUCAUCUUCUUCUUUCAGAAUGGGAAGUGCGUGUUAUGGAUCCUUUCGUGGUGGCAGUGGUAGUCCCGAGAGGGUGCACCUUGGCUCCAUGGUUCUUAGCAAGAGAGGAACGUACAAAGCAAAAGGGUUUCUGGGUUCUUUGAGAAGAAGGGCCUUCAAGGCUAGCAGAGAAGUUGGGGGGACUGGGAAUAGCUAUGUCUUCCCAUCUUCUGGUGAUAGAGACAGUGAAUGCAGCACCGAAGAAGAAAGCAAUAGUACCACAAGUGUUAAGAUCAUCAGAACUAAAAGGGUUGGCAGCUUUCGUAGCCUCUUACACUCCAACUCCAAAUUCUGGGCAACUAUGCAGGAAGGCUUGAGGCUUUCAGUUCCUUGGAGUAAGAGGGAAAAGAAGGAUGGAUUUGCGGGUUGAUCCUGUUUUCUUUUAGUUGACAUUGUUGGUGUGAAUGAAAAUGAGUAAUCUAAUGUAAAAUAUAGGAUAAAGCACAUUACUAUUUUGUUUCUUCUCUUGUGGUUGUAAGGCUGUAUGCAACUAAGGAUUUGUUUGUAUUCAA